GGUCUGAAGAGACCUAAUUGAACCCUUUUUUGGACUACCACAACCAUAACCUCACAAAAAGCGCUUUUGUUUGUUUUUGUUUAGUUUUUACUGUUUUUAGUUUUUCAUUUUCAAGAAAAUGAGCCAAAAAACGCCAAAAAGGCCAUCCCAAGACACAUGCCCGGGAUUUUCACCAAUAACAUUACACAAAAGCCCCGCAGCUCAAUCGCCCCAAAGGAACUUAACAGGACCUCCAAGAGUUAUUCGAGAUAUAAUAGCCGAUUUAUAUAACAACGUACAACGGUGGAAUAAGUUGCACAUUCAAGGAUGUGCUUUGGUCAAACAAAUCGCUGCAAUUAAAGCAGGCGAUCCUAGGAAGUAUUCGAGUCAACUAGAAGAGUACACAACCGAGCUAUAUGGAGUAUUUUCAGGCCUUAAACUUAAUAAUGAAAUUUUUAUACUGUUAAUUAGUCAGUCAGAGGCUUUUUCUAAGUUGCCAAAUGUUUCUGAUCCGGUAUUCUUUUCAUUGAGCGCUUCAAGCAUUUCAAAAUUAAUUAGAGAAAUAUGUGAAGCAUAUGGAAAAGAAAUUCAGGCAAAGCGGACCAUUCUGGAAAAUAUCGCACACUCCAAAACAAAAAACGAGGCAAUGUUUCUAGCUGCCUAUUGGACACACCAGUUAAAUGUUACCGAUAAUAUCACCUUUAAACUAGAAUCUUUAUUAGUGGAAUCUGGCCAUAGACUAAUACAAUAAAACAAAAUGUGUUAGUCAAUUCAAUCAAUAAAUAAUUUAUUUUGUAAGUAUAAAAAAAAUAUAGUUUAGUCCAAAAAGUAUUGUAAAUUUGUACAAAACAGUAAUAAUUUUAAAAAACAAAUAAUUAGUUUUAAUUAACAAAUUUUGGAAUAAAUUUUUUUAUCAAAAGACACGAUACAAUAAAAUAUGGGUUACAAACCAACCUACUAGAUAAUUUUUAUGGCGUUUUUCUUUUUCCUUAAUUUUAAUUCAUGCAUAAACAAAUAAAUUCCUUAAACAAUAAACAAAAACUACAAACAUCAUAGCAUGCAACAAAGAUAUCAAUUAAAUUCCCAUAAAAUAUAAAAUUGGACUAAAAUAUUAACAAACAGAUAAAUAAAAAUAAAGUCAAAAUGUACCUAAAAUUUUUCUCGCAAUAGGUAUUUUGAUUAUUGUUUUUUUAAUCAUCACAUCACUGAAAUCUUAUCUAAUCCCUAUUCAAAAUCGAUUGCACCUUGUUUUGAUAAUGGAAUGAUGCAUAAAAAAGUAUGCAUUAAGGCACGUAAUACAGGUUUUAAAUAAUAAAACCCUAACAAUUAUUGCUUCAUAAUUUUCUUUGAAAAACCAUUUUAUUUUGUGGUAACCCCUGGGUUCAAUAUUGAUAUCAUACACCUUCCAGGGCUGUGGCCAA